CUGGUGGUUGUAGAAGUACUACUUGUAACCAUCAGUCUAUAUCGAGAUAGCCACACAAGCUUUGCCGCCUACCUGGGAGCAGAAUUCAUCUCUGGGUUCUUUCAGCUCCAUCGCUCAUCAGUGACAUCCACACAGCAUGGAGGAUUCAUCCGAGCAGUCCCACUGGGUGUCCCCAGCUCUGCUCAGCUCAGAUCCUCUGGCCAGUUUCUCCUCUGAGCCCGGCCUACUGCCUCCAGGAGAAGAUGGAGAGUCCUUCUUCUCCAGCCAGGACACUGACUACACCAGUCUGUCCUCAUUCUUCUCCAACCCCAGCCACAGCCGAGCGUCAUCCAGCUACAGACACAGCUCGGUCCGACAGGUGCUGACCUCCCCGAGCCUCCUCACUAACUUCCAGCUGCUUGAUGGGUCGAGCAGUCACUCCCUGAGCUCGCCAUACAACCCCCCCACCUCCACCUGGAGCAGCAGCCCCCUCACAAAGACCACGCUCCACUCCCACACCCCAACCUCCCUCUACACCCCCACUGUCACUUCAACUUUCACCACCUCUAGAGAUGGAUACUCGUCUCCAAGCAGAGAGGGCAGGGAUAGUCCCAGGCUGCAGGAGGCCCUAAAGGCUGAGCGCCUCAGUCCGCUUGGGGGGUCUGGGGCCAGCAACAGUUUUUUGAAUCUGACUCCUGCUGCUGGGAGUCUUUACACUUCAUCAUCCCACUCCCACCCUCACAUGCUGAGCCCCUACAGCUCGUAUAUGACGAGUCCACAAGAGUACAACUCUUCCAGCCUCUACUCCAGCCCUGGAGCCUGGAUCAGCCCUUCGUACUCUCCCAAACUCCACAAUAAAAUGAGGAUAUCCACUCCAGAGGCCAGAGAGUGUGUCAACUGCGGAGCCACAGCCACCCCCUUAUGGCGUCGGGAUGGUACAGGCCACUACCUGUGUAACGCCUGUGGACUGUACCACAAGAUGAAUGGUCAAAACAGGCCUCUCAUCAGACCCAAGAAAAGACUGAUUGUCAGCAAGCGAGCUGGAACACUGUGUGCCAACUGUCACACAAGCACAACCACACUGUGGAGACGCAACGCCAACGGAGAGCCUGUGUGUAAUGCAUGUGGUCUCUACUUCAAACUGCACAAUGUCAACCGGCCCCUGACCAUGAAGAAGGAUGGUAUUCAAACACGAAACAGAAAAGUGUCCAACAAGAACAAGAAGAGCAAGAAGACGGCCAUGUUUGAACCGUACGCAGACAUGACUCAGCCACCCUCCCUGGACAGCAAUGGUACCCCCUUUUCCCUCGGACCUGGGACUCUCCUCACUUACAGCCACACGCCUCACCUUAUCCCAACACCAUCACCCCUGCACCCCUCCGCUUCCUUACCAUACACGCACCACCUCAACACUGGCAUGGUGCCCACACUGGUGUAAUACAAAAAAGCUUGUUUGAUAGUUCUACAUCUGUUUUGUGCACUGAAUGAUGUGAAUAAGGUUUUUUGUCUCAUACUUUCUGUUUAAAAUCUGUAGAUGUGAUUUUUACCAAGUUUGAUGUCAGAGAGGAAAUUGUCUCAGCUGUAAAUACCAACACAAAUUGAAUUUGACUUUCAUCUGUGUAUCUUCAAUGAUCAGAAUGUGAAAUUAUCUUCUGGUUUUGCGCUACAAAGGUCUUUUUUUUGUAUUUGAAAAAUUAUCCUUAUUAUAUUGUAACUCUACCA